AGUGGAUGGGACCGCUUUGCUCAGUAGCAAACACCAGAUGACGCUCUUGGCUUACCAUCUCGCCCCUUUCACCCAAGCCCCAAGAUCCCCUCACCACGAAGUUGUCGGACACGUUUUCUUCAUCCAUCUCCAACCGCCUGGGGAUCAAGCCAAAUUAUGACUGGCCAACAUUUGCACGUGAUUCUAUUUAAGCAUCCCAUAUUUGGGCAGUGCACGUCGAAUCAAGAAAAAAGGGAAAUGAUUCCCCCACCUAUAAAUCCACGUAUUUUAAGGACAAAAUCCUUCCAACUUCCAAAGAGACACAAAUCAAAAGCAAUAAACAGUGAAAUCAAGAAUAGCAGGUGUGGAGCUUACUUUAUCCGCUAUUUUACUGCCCAUGCUGCAGUGUGAAUUGCAGGGGUCAAUUCUCUGAUCCUUUUUUAUUUUUCAGAUAAAAUGAGUUCUUAUGUUGCGAACUCCUUUUAUAAGCAAGCGCAUGACGCUUCUUCUUACAGCAUGCACACUUUUGGGAACUAUGGUUCUCUCUCCGAGCUCCAGCAGAAUAAUUACUGCCACGAAGGGCUGGAUCUAAGCGGAAACAUCGCUGAACAGGCUUCCUGUAACUCCCCGAAACGGGAGGAGAUGAGUGCAAGCCUCUGCGUCCGGACCAACGCGCCACCCGAGCGCCCUCGGUCCCAUUCGUGCUCAGUUGUGGGCGCCCCCAACAUCAAGAUCUCAAACUCGCACAACUCUAACGAUUUUGAAUUGCUGAACCAACAUGUUCAAGGAGCUAUGGAGGUGACAGCGAAGCCCAGCUGCAAGAACCGAGGAAACGAGAUCAGAAUGGAAACUGUAAAAAAUCAACAAAACAAUUCGAUCCAGGAUUCGAAUUCGAAGCAGCCACAGAUCUAUCCCUGGAUGACCAAGCUACACAUGAGUCACGAAUCCGAGGGUAAACGGUCACGAACCAGUUACACCCGCUACCAGACAUUGGAGUUGGAGAAAGAAUUCCAUUUCAACCGGUACCUCACACGGCGCAGGCGUAUCGAGAUUGCCACUAACCUGUGUCUGAACGAGAGGCAAAUUAAAAUUUGGUUCCAAAACAGACGCAUGAAGUGGAAGAAGGAUACGAAACCGAAAGUGAAGGAAUCGCUAUGAAAUCUGGUGUAGUACUCCUGUUGCUUAAAUCAAGGAAAGCCAAUAACACAAAUAAGCAUAUGUUCGAAAUGUGUCAAAUGUAUAUUUACAGAGUAAAUUAUUUGUUUUUCGUGUAGGGAUUCCAGUUGCAGCACUAUAUACUGUGUGGUUUUAACUUUGGUCUUAUUCCCAUAUAUAAAUGUAAUUAGUUACUUUCGAAAAUGAUGGCUAUUUAUGAGUCACAAGUGGAGGGUGUUAGCACGAAUGGGCACUUUCUAGUCCAAAGAUAAACCCACCGUUAUUUGUCAAGGCCAUUGUUAAAUUAAGCAUGUGAAGGCUUACACCAAUUUGCUGUUAAGUUUACAUCAUGGUAUAAGGUAGUCUCAUGAAUUUCUUUCUUUUAUACAUUUUUAUUAUAGUUGUCGUUAUUGUUAUCACAGUGUGGUUGUUUAGCAUCUGCAAAUGCGCAUAUUUUAGUUUGUAUAGCCUACUCAUCAAGAACCCCGAGACCUCAAAUCUGGAAUAUGCCAGUUUGGACUUGGUGUCAUAAUUUCAACAUACAAACGACUGUUGAAAAAUAAAGUGCGUUCUCGGUAAGCUAUGGAAUUCACGUGACAUGAGUUUACAGGACUAGUGGCUUUCCUGCAUCUACUUGUGUCAUUAGACAUGAUGGUGGGCUAUGACUGUCUUGAUAAAGGGGCCUAAAUGUCUUCAUAUAAUGCAACUUUUGUAACUGCAAAUGGUCUUGUUUGGCGCUUGGAAUUGUUUUGAGUUGUUUUGUUGAAAAGUUCCUUCAAUAAACCUGUCUGGAUUCCCAUUGGA